ACCUUCAAUACAGCAGAUUUUUUUCAGAACUCUUCCCCAGAUCUGUCUCGAUACAAUCAGACCAACGAGCCGUGCAAUAAUAAUCAAAUAACAGCAGCAGCAUUUUCUAAAUAUCUGAGGUCUUUCAAGUCUGGGCACGUUUGGUGUAGAUAUAAUGGCAAGUUAAUGGUUAAUGUCUUCACCAUGCAUUAAUCAGAGGCACUCACAAGUUUCAACAGUGACGGUUUGACAAGCUCACAGCAGAUGACGCGCUGUGAGGAACUCACCUCGAGAGCUUCCUCUACAUCCACGACACACAUUUAACGUUUCAUUCCUCUCCUGGCGUGCAAGUGUUCGUCGCAGUUCUCCGUUACGCCAUCAUUUUUUUUACAUAUUUGCAUGUAAAGCGAGCGCGGUCCUUUCUCUUCAUUCAGGUAGAGCGAGCCAAUGAGAGCUCACGAACGGCGCUCAAACGCUCGAGCUCACGGAAAAAGAGGCGGGAACGUCGCGCACCUUCAGAGGAAGCGGAGAGCGCGCGGGCGCAUUCACAUCGCUCGAGCUCACAGACAGCAGCUUUAGGACUCACGGAGGUACACGGGCUCAAAUCGGCGGCUUGCAGAGGGGGCAGGUGGACGUCUGCGCAGACUACCACCUCCGCUUGGCGGUCUUUAAGCACCUCGGUGGAAAUUUGUUCCUUUUCACAGCCCGUCUCAAAGCUCGGUGUAAUUGCUGUUAAAUACAUGCCGUUGAAGUGCUCGUAGUAAACGGUUCCUCAAGAUGGAAAACGCCCACACUAAAUCUGCACCAGAAGUUCUGGCGAACUUCGGUGUGAAUGAAAACACUGGACUCACGCUGGAACAAGUCAAAGUCAAUUUCGAAAAAUAUGGACCCAACGAGCUCCCAGCCGAAGAAGGUAAAUCGUUGUGGGAGUUGGUGGUGGAGCAGUUUGAGGAUCUCCUGGUGAGGAUUCUGCUGCUGGCAGCCUGUGUCUCUUUUGUGUUGGCACUGUUUGAGGAGGGGGAGGAGUCAACCACAGCCUUCGUGGAGCCCAUUGUCAUCCUGCUGAUUCUGGUUGCCAACGCUGUCAUUGGAGUCUGGCAGGAGCGAAAUGCAGAAAACGCUAUCGAGGCACUCAAGGAGUACGAGCCAGAGAUGGGCAAAGUGUACCGCAUGAACCGCACGGCCGUCCAGAGAAUCAAAGCCCGAGACAUCGUACCUGGAGAUAUAGUGGAGGUUUCUGUUGGGGACAAGGUGCCAGCAGAUAUCAGGAUCACUUCAAUCAAAUCCACCACCCUUAGAGUGGACCAGUCCAUCCUCACAGGCGAGUCUGUGUCUAUCAUCAAACACACUGAUCCUGUGCCUGACCCUCGAGCUGUCAAUCAAGAUAAAAAGAACAUGCUGUUUUCUGGUACAAACAUAGCAGCGGGUCGUGCCAUCGGCGUGGUCAUCUCUACUGCCGUAUCGACGGAAAUCGGUAAGAUCCGUAACCAGAUGGUAGCCACAGAGCAAGAAAAGACCCCACUGCAGCAAAAGCUGGAUGAGUUCGGCCAACAGCUCUCUAAAGUCAUCUCGCUGAUCUGCAUUGCCGUGUGGGUCAUUAACAUCGGCCACUUUGCCGACCCAGUCCACGGCGGUUCUUGGAUCAGGGGUGCCAUCUACUAUUUCAAGAUAGCCGUGGCGCUGGCUGUGGCAGCCAUACCGGAGGGUCUGCCGGCUGUUAUCACCACCUGUCUGGCGCUGGGCACCCGUCGCAUGGCCAAGAAAAACGCCAUUGUCCGUUCGCUGCCCUCUGUGGAGACGCUGGGAUGUACUUCCGUUAUCUGCUCCGACAAGACGGGUACACUGACUACCAACCAGAUGUCUGUCUGCAGGAUGUUUGUGGUUAAUAAGGCUGAUGACACCAGCUGCUCCCUGCAUGAGUUUACCAUCACCGGCUCAACCUAUGCUCCAGAGGGACAAGUGUUGAAAUGUGAAAAGCCAGUGCAGUGUGGAGAUUAUGAUGGUCUAGUGGAACUGGCCACAAUCUGCUCCCUGUGCAAUGACUCCUCGCUGGACUACAAUGAGGCCAAGGGAGUCUACGAGAAGGUGGGCGAGGCCACGGAAACGGCCCUCACGACGCUGGUGGAGAAGAUGAACGUAUUUAAAACCGAGCUCAGUGGACUCAGCAAAGUGGACAGAGCUUCAGCGUGCAAUAUGAUUUUCAGAAAGCUAAUGCAGAAAAAAUUCACCUUGGAGUUUUCCCGGGACAGGAAAUCGAUGUCUGUUUACUGCACUCCCAAUGGAUCAAAUUCAAAUUCUCAAAACAAGAUGUUUGUCAAGGGCGCUCCAGAGAGCGUGAUUGACCGCUGUCAGUUUUUGCGUGUCGGCACAGAACGCAUUCCGUUGACCGUUGCGGUGAAAGAAGAAUUGAUGAGCACUAUAAGAGACUGGGGGUCCGGCAGAGAUACGCUGCGCUGCUUGGCUUUGGCCUCACGAGAUUCUCCCCCACCUGAUGACAAAAUGGAUCUGGAAAACUCUGCCAAGUUCUCAGAGUAUGAGUCAAAUCUCACCUUCGUUGGCUGUGUGGGCAUGCUGGAUCCGCCCAGGAGAGAGGUGAUUGGCUCGGUGAAGUUGUGCAGUAAGGCGGGUAUUCGUGUCAUUAUGAUCACCGGGGACAAUAAGGGCACCGCCGUGGCCAUCUGCAGACGUGUCGGCAUAAUCGGCGAGGAUGAGGACGUAGAGGGUAAAGCCUACACCGGCAGAGAGUUUGACGACUUGAGUCAAGAAGCCCAGCGAGAGGCUGUGAAAAGGGCACGCUGCUUUGCGCGUGUCGAGCCUGCACACAAGUCCAAAAUUGUGGGUUAUCUGCAGUCUUUCGAUGAGAUCACAGCUAUGACUGGAGAUGGUGUAAAUGACGCCCCUGCCUUAAAAAAGGCUGAGAUCGGUAUAGCCAUGGGCUCAGGCACAGCUGUAGCCAAGUCAGCCUCUGAGAUGGUGCUCUCUGAUGAUAACUUUUCCACCAUCGUGGCCGCGGUAGAGGAGGGCCGAGCCAUCUACAGCAACAUGAAGCAGUUUAUCCGUUAUCUCAUCUCCUCCAAUGUUGGAGAGGUGGUCUGUAUUUUCCUGACAGCCAUUCUGGGCCUUCCAGAGGCUUUGAUCCCUGUUCAGCUGCUGUGGGUGAACCUGGUGACGGACGGUCUGCCUGCCACUGCCCUGGGCUUCAACCCUCCAGACCUGGACAUCAUGGACAAGCCUCCUCGAAAUCCAAAGGAGUCUCUUAUCUCUGGGUGGCUCUUUUUCAGAUACCUGGCCAUUGGAGGAUAUGUGGGUCUGGGCACUGUCAGUGCCGCCACGUGGUGGUAUUUGUAUGACGAGGGUGGGCCACAGGUGUCCUUUUAUCAGCUGCGCCACUUCAUGCAGUGUACAGAGGACAACCCCAUGUUUGAGGGCAUUGACUGUGAGGUCUUCGAGUCACGUUACCCCACCACCAUGGCUCUCUCUGUUCUUGUUACCAUAGAGAUGUUCAACUCUCUUAACAGUCUCUCAGAGAAUCAGUCUUUGUUGAGGAUGCCACCCUGGGUGAAUAUAUGGCUGCUCGGUGCCAUAAUCCUCUCCAUGUCUCUACACUUCCUCAUCCUGUAUGUGGAGCCUCUACCGCUCAUCUUCCAGGUAACUCCACUGCAUUUUUCUCAAUGGAUUGUAGUCCUCAAGAUCUCAAUUCCUGUCAUCCUAUUGGACGAGGCACUCAAGUAUAUCUCCCGCCACCACUCAGAAGUUUAACUUUCUCUUCUCAUCUUUGGAAAGGUGAAGAGGAGGAAAGGUACAGGAAGAGUCGGCAGCUGAAAUUCUAGGAUAACUUCCUUUCAACACACAAGAACAUACUCACACCCCUGCCUUUUCCUCUCCGCUUUUAAGACUGCACGUGACAAACACUUUCACACACACACACAUUGUCAGACCCCUCCGAUCACAUCUCCAUUGUCUUUGCUGCACGCAGUCACUACAUAAAACAAGCAGGGCUUGUAGUUUGUGUGUGUGAGAGAAAUUCGGGGAUUAUGGUUUAAAUUUGCGUUUAAUUAAUUAAUCUGACUGAUUAAUUUGGCUCAGAUAAAUACUUUACAAAUAAUGGAAAGAUUACAAUUGAGAGAAAGGAGGAUGGAGGUGGCGCUUGCUUUUUGGGGGGUCUUAGAAGUGUGCGUGUUCAUGUUUGGACGGAAUGGCCAGUUUGAGUGGUUGGCUCCUGUUUCUUCCAGUUUCAAUCUAUUUCAUUCACUGUCAAAGAUGUUUCUUUCUCUUUCUCGCUUUAUUCCUCUCUCCUAGUCCUGAAGAGGUCCAUCUCUUAGCCAUAAGUUCAUUUAGAUAAAUGUUUACACAAAGCUCAACGUGGCAGCAGAUGUAAUCUGACUUGCUUCUAUGUUGCAUUUACAUUUAUAAAAACCUGCAUUUUUGUAAAGAUCAACGGCAUCAAAAAGCAUGCUGUUCUAAAUCCUGAAUUACUAUCCUAAAUUACCCUGAGAAGUUUGAUCUGUACCCAGUUUGAGUCAACAUCAAGCUGACCCAUGAAUGCAUUUUAUCUCAAAUUAUUCAAUUAAGAAAUUAGGCUUUUUACAUAAUAUACAUCUACAACACACAGAGACCAAGUGAGUCCCAGAAUUCUCCUCCAGUUUGUUACUAUAAACCCAAACAUGGUGCAGCUUGGACUUAAGUAUUAAUAUCAAUGGACAUUAGUGACAGGUUUUAAACAACAAUGAGAGAAAGGAGGAGAAAUCUGAAUUUGUUUACUGAUGUGAGUACAUGACAGAUCUGCAGCAUGCAGACAGCUCUGUUCUGACAGCUUUGAUGUUUAACAUUAUCUGACACAAACACCCUCACUUCCGAGUAAAGAGGUGUCACUUGAAUGUACUUUCCCUUGCUUUUUUCUGUCUGAUCUUUUUUAAUGUAACCACAGCGGUCCAAAACUGUACUCUUGUACAGUUCUUUCAUUUGGUUCAAUACUGUAUAUGGUUAAUAUCAUGAUGACAAACAUCCUCUUCACUUCCUUAAGGACAUUGAGAGGGUCACCCGCUUCCGCGCUUGCCGUUUAUCUCCACUGAGAAAGAAUUCACCACCGCUAGUGCUUUUCUUGCAAUCUCGAUGAACUCUGCAAAUUUUUGUUUUCAUUUUUUAAAUAAAAUAAUAAUAACGUAUUCGACUCAAAGAACCCAGGUGGUUUAGUUUGUCAGUUUUGCUGUUAUAGGGUAUGAUAUGCCUUCACAAUAUUUUGGCAAAUUCUGGUGUGUAAGUAUCGGAAGAACAACUACUCCUGUGCCUGGUGUCAUUAUGCUUGCUGUCGUAAAACUGCCGUUUGGAGACUGUGCGUCUGCGUGUUAGAUGUGAUUCCACUGACAGAUAUUUAUUGUAACAAUGUUGUGACCAAAUAUCUGUCACAAAUAUCAACUUUUGCAUCACUUACAAAUGUAAAGUCAUGCCAAGCUCAUGUCUCAUGUCCGCUCGCACCUUCAGCUUUUGCAAUGGCAAUGAAACAUCAGAAAUGUGUUCUAUACUGUCUAAGAUUAAGCAUAUUGGCACAAGGCAGUAAGGUCCUUCAUAUUCACACUAGCAUCUGCACCAAUAGAAAGUGUGGGCUUGUACAGCCUUGCUUAUUACUACUGAUCUGUACAGAAAAAAUUAAAGACCUGAUUGCAUGGAACCUUGUUACUGUAAUGAAUAACCUAUACAGUAUGUUUAAUUUUUUAAAUAAUGAAACAUCUUUACCACCCGGAAGACUACAUCGUGAGACAAUUUUUUUGCGUAACUGAGGUUCGAGACUAUUUUGUAGAAUAGCGGAGGUUGUUUCUUCAUUGUUAUUACAGUUUGUUUUUUAAGGUUGCAGGGGUUUUGUGUCUUUUAAAUCUAGUUUAGGAGUCGAAAAUACAAUUGUAAAAUAAAGAUAAGAGUUGUGGUAAUAAUUAUAAUAUUUGAUGAUAACUUUUGCUAUUAUAUGUGGGUUUGGAUGUCUCGGAUUUUUUGUUUUUGGAAAAGAUACACGCGUGGUUUACACAGAGUGAUGUCCAGUGAUCCGUGCUGGCUUAUGAAGUUGUUCUCUUGAAGGGCUUGGUGUGGGUACUGUCUCCAGAGAUAUGAAAUGUCUGUGUGUUAUGCAGAAAGUUGGAUGUCCGCUUUGUGAUUUUCAGUUUGUUUUAUUUGUCUUUUUUUCCACAUUUUUCAACUUUGUUGGUGCUUCUCCAGCAUAAUUUUUGGGUUCAUGGAGAGUUUCAUCAAAUUAUACCGAAUGUUGUAAUUUUGAAACAUACUUGAUUGUUGUAAUUUCAGAGAAAAUGUGACAGAAAUUAUUUUGCUACAUUUUAGAGGCAAUCACGAUAAAAUAUUAGUAGACAAUCAAGGAAUGCAAACAAAAGAUUGUAGUGAAGUUUCCCUUCUGCGAAUCAAAAGCUCAAAUCAGUAGUUAGAACUGUGUGGUCCUGACAUGGUCCAUUCUUACUGGACAGCUGUCUUUCUGCCUGCGCACAAACUGGCUGGAGCUUUGCGCCCACUACUGAGAAAGAAUUCUCUGUAACGCCUUGGUAAUAUUAAUUGUGGAGUCAUAUUUUAUAUAUAUAAAAAAGACAUGUCAAAUAAAGAUUAUUUAUCUUCUAAUUUA